AUGGGUGAAUGUGGAAUAGUUGCUGGAAGCGCAGCGCAGCGUUACCGGCUCUGGCAGCUGUCCAGCGCUCGCCGGAGCCGCACUCCUCCGGCUGUGACUCCACGGACAGACUGGCACUUAAUCUACGCAGCUUCACGCAUCGCAAUACAUCUCACGCCUAAUACUCGCGAGUACGGUGAUUUAAGCUUCGACUAUUUUUCUUUCUGUUCCGCCAUGAAAUACUUGGAGAAUUCUUCAUUGGAAGCGUUGUCCUCCAGUUUGAGUAUAGGAGCUAUAGACUGUAUCCUGGACGUGAAACUCGAGUCGUACUCAUGCAAAAUGGUUCAAAGCGACAAAAAACAAUGGAAGGCUUAUGGGGGAUCUAAUGAAUCCAGUAAUGUGAAUGAUAGACAGCCUCUCUCUCCACCGGACGAUUUCUUGUCAGUCUCUGCCUCUCCGAUUGGGCAUUCUGCCAGGAUGCGUCAUCUUUCCGAGGCCGGCCACUCAGGCUCCGAAACCGAUGCUGAUGAUUUUGUGCUGCUGGAUUCAAUAUCAAAGCGAACGUUGUUUGAUUUGAUCGGGGCAUUGAAUAUAGCAUAUCCAGACUACGAUUUCAGUGAUGUUAAAAGCAACUGCUUCUCAUUGAUCCCGGGUAUUGAGGUUGUCAUGGAAGCAGUCGACAGCAAAUUCUAUGCUACUGUGAAUAGCUACACAUCAAUGCGAGACGAAUUAUGGCUGGCGAUUGAUAAUGAAAUCAAACCGAAUGAAUGUCGGAUAUACAGCUUCAAGACCAACUACAAGGAUGACCCAUUCUCGGAAGAUGGAUGUCUGUGGUGUCUGAACUUCUUUUUUCACAAUAAAAGUCUCAAGCGAUUAAUGCUACUAUCGUGCCGAGCUCUAUCUCAAAACGGAGUGACAGCUUACGGCGAUUCGCUUUGGGAUCUGGAUGAGGACUAG